AUGGAAAAAGAGCGACCGGAAGAGGCAUACGAUCCUUUUGAACGUGCAAUUCGUAAAACUGGAUGUUGGAAAGAGCAUUUGAUGUGUGCUGAAUGUAUAGGUGAUACAAAAGAUUGGCGAGAGUGCAACGAAGAGUUGCAGAAAUUUAGAAGUUGCAUGCAAAAUUAUAUGCAAGAUAAGCUGGAGUCUUCUCAAAAAGCGUCAAAUUAA